AUGGACAACAAGGAGGGAGGAUCGGUUAAUAGGCCACCAAUUCUGGAUGGAACCAAUUAUGAUUACUGGAAGGUUCGUAUGACUGCAUUUCUUAAGUCUAUUGACAACAAGACUUGGAAGGCCAUUGUCAAAGGUUGGAAUCAUCCCAUCAAAGGGCAAGCUGAGGGAAGUACCUCAAAUGCGGAAGAGAAACCUGAAGAAGAAUGGACAAAGGAUGAAGAUGAAGCUUCUUUGGGAAACUCUAAGGCGUUGAAUGUUAUCUUUAAUGGAGUAGACAAGAACAUGUUCAGGUUGAUCAACACUUGCACUGUGGCAAAGGAUGCCUGGGAGAUUUUGAAGACAGCUCAUGAAGGCACCACCAGAGUAAGAAUGUCAAGGCUCCAUAUGCUUACUACUCAGUUUGAGAACUUAAUGAUGACUGGGGAUGAGACUAUUUUUGAAUUUCACAUGCGUGUGCGUGACUUGUCCAAUGCCUCGUUUGCUCUGGGAGAACCCAUGUCUGAUGAGAAGCUUGUAAGGAAAAUCUUGAGGUCUGUUACUAGCAAAUUUGCUAUGAAAGUCACUGCUAUUGAAGAAGCUCAAGACAUCAGCGGUAUGAAGGUUGAUGAACUCAUUGGUUCUAUGCAGACUUAUGAGUUGAAGUUGGGUGAUAAGCCUGAGAAGAGGAGUAAAAGCAUAGCCUUUGUCUCCAACACUGAUGAUGGAGAUGAUGCUGACUGUGAAGGUGAAAAUUUAUCUGAAGCUCUGGCUCUACUAGCAAAGAAAUUUAAUAGAGCUCUAAGGAAGAUAGACAGAAGAAACAGGCCAAAUAAACAAAAGAAAAGCAUGGUUGUUACAUGGCCAGAUGAAGACAAUGAAGAUGAGGAAGAACUUUCUGCAAACAGAGUUAAUGCCUUCUCAGGAACUGUUGAUGGUUCAGAAUCUAGUGAUGAGGAGAUGACAGAUGAAGAGUUGGAGGAGACUUACAGGCUUUUGCACACUAAAUGGGAGGAAGCAUGCAAACUUCUGGAAGAGCAAGAAGAUAAUAUAGAGCAACUCAAGUCAGAAAAUGAAAAGCUGAGAGGGAUUAUUGACAAGCUGCAAGUUGAUCUUGAUGAAUGGAACACAAAGCUUAAAGAUGUUGAUACUGCAGAAAAAGGUAAACUGAUGAUGAUUAACGCAGAACUUCAAGAAAAGGUUGUCACUCUGACAAAUAAACUUGAAGCCACUCAUAAAUUUGUACGUAUGCUGAAUAGUGGAUCUGAUAUGCUGGAUGAGAUUCUGAAGGAAACAAGCAAACAAGGGAGGAGCAUGAAAGGGAUUGGUUUCAAUUACAAUACUGCCAACAAGGAAAAUCCGAAGCUGCCAAAGAAAUUUGUUGGUGCUAAAAUGAAAUCUGAAUUCAAUAACCCCAUCAACUAUCAGAUGUCAAACCCGAUGUCUCAGCAUGUGCCUCAACAUGGGGGUUCUUGUUUGAAAAAUGCUAAGUCUAACCCAUGA